AUGUGGAAGAACCUAUUAUCAACAACGCCAAAGCUUCUACGACAACUUAUUCAACACAGACCUUACAGUAGUGAAUCGUAUGUUUAAAAUCAUCUUUUUUUAUAUUUUACGCAGAAAAAUUAAGGUUAUUGUCAGCUCAAAUACUAAAAUUUACUUUUUCGACUAGUUUAUAUUGUAGCGAGGGAUAUUCUUAGAGAUGGGGGUAGAUCUACCCCUCCCCGGAUCGAUAUGAGAAAAAGUAGGUUCCACAGGGACCUGUACGUAUAUUAUUAGGUUGUACAAGUAAUUCUGCGCCCUUAACCCAGAUAAUUUUUUUGAAAAGGGGCACAGAAUUUCUUGAACAACGUAAUAUUUUAGUUUUAUGCUAUAGCAAUGUUAAGGCACAAAAUUGAUAUCUUUUUUUAUAAACUAAACUUUCAGAGCAGUAAAAGUCACCUUCAAAACCCGAACAGGCGAUAUCGCAGCAACAGGGCAAUUGGGAGAAAGCUUACUGGACGUGGUCAUCAACAACGACCUACCAUUGGACGGUUUCGGUGCAUGUGAAGGGACAGUUGCGUGUUGUACAUGUCAUGUCAUCUUAAACCCAGAGCAUUUCAAUAGACUAGCUGAAGCUUCGGAGGAAGAAAUGGACAUGUUAGACUUGGCUCCAGCCUUGGAUGACUAUUCGAGAUUAGGAUGUCAAGUUGUGUUGACCAAGGCUGACAAACCGGAGAUUACCGUGGUUGUUCCUGAUGAAACUCGUGAUGCAAGGACGUUGUAG